GCCCGCCAUGGCCGCGCGCCCCGGACCGCUCUGGCUUCUGGGCCUGACGUUGUGCGCGCUGGGCGGGGGCGGCCCCGGCCUGCGACCCCAGCCCGGCUGUCCCCAGCGACGUCUGGGCGCGCGCGAGCGCCGGGACGUGCAGCGCGAGAUCCUGGCGGUGCUCGGGCUACCCGGGCGGCCCCGGCCCCGCGCGCCACCCGCCGCCUCCCGGCUGCCCGCGUCCGCGCCGCUCUUCAUGCUGGACCUGUACCACGCCAUGGCUGGCGACGACGACGAGGACGGCGCGCCCGCGGAGCAGCGCCUGGGCCGCGCCGACCUGGUCAUGAGCUUCGUCAACAUGGUGGAGCGAGACCGUGCCCUGGGCCACCAGGAGCCCCAUUGGAAGGAGUUCCGCUUUGACCUGACCCAGAUCCCGGCUGGGGAGGUGGUCACAGCUGCGGAGUUCCGGAUUUACAAGGUGCCCAGCAUCUACCUGCUCAACAGGACCCUCCACGUCAGCAUGUUCCAGGUGGUCCAGGAGCAGUCCAACAGGGAGUCUGACUUGUUCUUUUUGGAUCUUCAGACGCUCCGAGCUGGAGACGAGGGCUGGCUGGUGCUGGAUGUCACAGCAGCCAGUGACUGCUGGUUGCUGAAGCGUCACAAGGACCUGGGACUCCGCCUCUAUGUGGAGACUGAGGAUGGGCACAGUGUGGAUCCUGGCCUGGCCGGCCUGCUGGGUCAACGGGCCCCGCGCUCCCAACAGCCUUUCGUGGUCACUUUCUUCAGGGCCAGUCCAAGUCCCAUCCGCACCCCUCGGGCAGUGAGGCCACUGAGGAGGAAGCAGCCGAAGAAAACCAACGAGUUGCCGCAGGCCAACCGACUCCCAGGGAUCUUUGAUGACGUCCACGGCUCCCACGGCCGGCAGGUCUGCCGUCGGCACGAGCUCUACGUCAGCUUCCAGGACCUCGGCUGGCUGGACUGGGUCAUCGCCCCCCAAGGCUACUCAGCCUAUUACUGUGAGGGGGAGUGCUCCUUCCCGCUGGACUCCUGCAUGAACGCCACCAACCACGCCAUCCUGCAGUCCCUGGUGCACCUGAUGAAGCCAGACGCAGUCCCCAAGGCGUGCUGUGCACCCACCAAGCUGAGCGCCACCUCUGUGCUCUACUAUGACAGCAGCAACAACGUCAUCCUGCGCAAGCACCGCAACAUGGUGGUCAAGGCCUGCGGCUGCCACUGAGCCCACCCGCCCAGCCCUACUGCAGCCGCCCUUCUCAUCUGGAUUGGGCCCUGCAGAGGCAGAAAACCCUUAAAUGCUGUCACAGCUCAAGCAGGAGUGUCAGGGGCCCUCACUCUCUGUGCCUA